AUGGAGAGCCUCAGUGAGCUCCAGAAUCCUCUUCUGGACAAAAGCAGCAAACGGCUAGUCCACGGUUACCAUGGCGACUACCCAAACCGGCAGCAGCACCAGGACGGCCUCAUGGGCUACCUCUACAGCGGGAGCCAUGACGAGCACAAGUCUCAACAGUUCCUGGACGCCACCUCGCUUCAUCUAGCGGUGGAGGCCUUCUACAAGCCUGAUUUUAUCCUGUCCAAGGAUGACGUGAGCCUGCACAGCAAAGACUCCAAGAGCGAGAGCUUUGAGACCACCUUUACUGAGAACAAAGACGUGGCGCCGGGGGACGAGAAGCAACUAGGCGGCACCCAAGGAGGGAAGGAUGUGAAGAUCCAGACGGUGUCGUAUGAGGUGGAGGAUGAGCAGGCUCCUGAGUAUGAGAGUGACAGCUCCAGUGAGAGCGAGAGCGAAGACAACUUCCUGGUGCUUCCUCCUCGGGACUACUUGGGCCUGACUAUCUUCUCCAUGCUCUGCUGCUUCUGGCCUUUGGGCAUUGUUGCUUUCUGCUACUCUCACAAGACCGGCAAGGCCGUCGCUAAGGGAGACUUCACCAGAGCUGGAAUGAGCUCCAGGAGAGCCCUUUUCUUGGCUGCGCUUUCCAUUACCAUUGGCACGGGAAUGUACGUGGGGGUGGUGGUGGCCCUCAUCGCCUACCUGUCCAAGCCCGGACAUGUAUAACACUGACAAUAGAAGCAGACAAAUGGGAGGAGGAGAAUGGACUUCAUCACUCCCGUGGGCUGCUGGUUUGUCAAAGUAGAAUAAGAGGGAAGGAAGAACAAGAAGUCAUUUUAAGACUGUUUGGAUUCUGUAUGGAUCUUGAAUUUUGGGGAUGGACUCUUAAAAGAAGAAAGGAAACAGCCUCUCUAUUAAGAAAUAUUUCCCUGCUUCAUUUAGAAUGAAUGUAUUCCCUCUCAAUACAAUCGCAGCGUCAAAGAUUUCUUUUUAUAUUGUCCAGAUUGAGAAAAAACAUGUAGAUUGUCUUGGUGUAGACAAAAGCUGCUGAGCAGUGGUCACUAGGGAUAUUUGUGUUUAUUCUGUACUGUCCACAAAAUUAAAUGAACAGUUUUG